CCGCCCUCCACCCCCUGGGCUCCUCAAAAGGGACACAGGCGGCCAGCGGGCGGCGGACGGUGGCGCCGUCGGGGUUGGGGUGCGGCCACCAUGGAUCUGUGGCCGUGGCUGACGGCAGCGCUGCUGCUGCUACUACUACUUGUGCAGCUGAGCCGCACCGCCAGGUUCUACGUCAAGAUCGGCUUCUACUGCGUGCUCUGCCUGUCCUUCUCCGCCGUGGCCUCGAUCGUCUGCCUGCUGCGCCACGGCGGCCGCACGGUGGAUAACAUGAGCAUCAUCAGCUGGUUCGUGCGGUCCUUCAAGUACGUGUAUGGCCUUCGCUUUGAGGUCAGAGGCCAGAAGAAACUGGAAGUGGAUGGUCCCUGUGUCAUCAUUUCUAACCACCAGAGUAUCCUGGACAUGAUGGGCCUCAUGGAGAUACUCCCUAAGCGCUGUGUGCAGAUCGCCAAGCGUGAGCUGCUGUUCACAGGGCCCGUGGGCCUCAUCAUGUACCUCGGGGGUGUCUACUUCAUCAACCGCCAGCGUGCCAGAACUGCCAUGUCCCUGAUGGCCGACCUGGGUGACCUCAUGGUCAAGGACAAUCUCAAAGUGUGGAUCUACCCAGAGGGAACCCGCAACGACAAUGGGGACUUGCUGCCCUUUAAAAAAGGUGCCUUCUACUUGGCCAUCCAGGCCCAGGUGCCCAUCAUCCCCGUUGUGUACUCUUCCUUUUCUUCCUUCUACAAUGUCAAGACGAAACUCUUCACCUCAGGAACAAUCAGGGUACAAGUGUUGGAUGCUGUCCCUACCAGUGGCCUUACGGAAGCCGAUGUCACCACGCUCGUGGACACUUGCUACCAGUCCAUGAGGGACACCUUUCUACAGAUUUCCCAGAUGCCUCAGAACUCUGCCAUUAAGGAGCCUGGGGUUGUGCCAGCCCAGUAGCCCAGGCCACAGGGGCAGGGGAGCUGGGGGAAGGCAGGUGGGAAGCAGAGGCUGGAGGAUGGACAGAAGACCCUUCCCUCCCACCUACCAAACAUCAUCUUGUCCCGCUACUGGGGCCUGGAAACAGGAAGCCUUUUCUGUCACAGGCCUUAGACCCAGGAUCCCCAUGUAACUUCCCAUUUCAUCCCUGUGUCUCCUGAAUGUGGCCAUUCAGCAAGUGGGCUGACCCCCAAGACCACGAGGCACCUAGGAGUGGGCAACACGAAGCAGGAUCAACACUCAGGAACCCGGUCAUGGCCUGCAUCAGGCCAUCAGGAAGAGGAAGAACUUGGUCUCCCAGUCUCAAGGAAACCUGGGUCCCACAGCAGCAGAGGGCAGAGCCAUCCUCACUGUCCGGUCUCAGUCACAAGUCACUGCUGUACUUGGUCCUUUUUUUUUUUUCCUUUUUU